AUGUUUCUUUCUCUCCAUCUCUACUCUCACCUGUGCACAUUCCACUGCUAUCCUCUCCCACAAUGAAACCAAACACUGCCAGUGACACCACUAGCAGCAGUGAAACCAACUCUCCAACCACGCCUCCGUCACCGACGCGCCAUUCUGCCGUUUCUCACUGCCGCCGCCGCCUCCUCCGUUCCAAGCAUCAUUCCUUCUCCCGACGCGAGAACAUCGGUGCCGGCAUCAAUCUCCGGCGAAACCUCCGAUUCCUUUUGCUACUGCCCCUUUUGUACCUCUCUGGCCUGUUCACUUGUGUCGGUCCAUUCACAAGGCUCCUCGGCUACACCCCCCCACCUGGCUCCGUAUACCGUAGCCACCAGAAUUUUGAGCGGCUGUGGGAUGAUAUCCGCUUUGAUAAUUCCUCCGCGAUCCAGUUGUCUUCUGUCUGGAAAUACAAUAGGAGGCUGAAAGUGCAGAAACCGUGCCCAAAUUCAACUGCUUUAUAUCAUUUCUCCGUUCAUAAAGAGUCCCCUGAUCUGAGUGGCUACUUGAUCGUUGAGGCAAAUGGUGGUCUUAACCAACAACGUGCUGCGAUAUGCAAUGCAGUGGCUGUAGCUGGACUCUUAAAUGCAAUAUUAGUCAUUCCUUGGUUUGAGUUCAACAGUGUUUGGAAGGAUCCCAGUGACUUUGGAGAUCUGUAUGAUGAGGACCACUUCAUAUCCAGCCUUAAAGGUUAUGUCAAUGUGGUUAAGGAGCUACCCGACACAUUGAUGGAAAGAUAUGAUUAUAACAUUACCAAUAUACCAAAUUUCCGUGUCCAAGCAUGGGCACCAGUUAAUUACUAUUUGGGAGUUGUUUAUCCAGUUUUGAGAGAUCAAGGGGUUAUCCGCAUAGCGCCCUUUGCUAAUAGAUUGGCAAUGAAUGUCCCGCCUUCUAUUCAGUUACUUAGGUGCAUAGCAAAUUAUAAAGCAUUAAGGUUCUCUUCACCUAUCUCAGCACUUGCAGAGAAACUAAUUGAUAGGAUAAUUGAAAGGAGUUCAAGGACUGCAGGAAAGUAUGUUUCUGUCCACCUCCGCUUUGAGGAGGACAUGGUGGCCUUCUCAUGUUGUGUGUAUGAUGGAGGGGAGGCUGAAAGCAUUGAAUUGGACUAUUUUCGAGAAAAUGGCUGGAAGGGAAAGUUUAAACGAAAGGGCCGUGUAAUUGCACCUUCUAUCAAUCGGAUCAAUGGAAAAUGUCCUCUAACUCCUGUGGAGGUUGGAUUGAUGCUACGUGGUAUGGGAUUUGACAACAACACCUCAAUAUAUUUAGCCUCAGGGAAAAUUUACCAAGCAGAGAAACAUCUGGUUCCUUUGAAGAAGAUGUUCCCACUACUUUAUACUAAGGAGUCUCUUGCAACACUUGAAGAGCUUGCUCCUUUUGAGGGGUAUUCUUCAAGGCUUGCAGCUAUAGACUAUGCAGUAAGCUUGUUCAGUGAGGCUUUUGUAACAACUCAGGGUGGAAACUUCCCACAUUUUUUGAUGGGCCACCGGAGAUUCCUUUUCAGACAUGCAAAGACUAUUAUCCCUGAUAAACGCAAGCUUGUGGUACUACUAGAAGACAUGACCAUCAGUUGGAAAGCUUUCAAAAAUCAGAUGGAAGUGAUGCUAACUGAAAGUGACCGCAAGGGGAUGACAGUGCCUAGAAUUAAAAAAAUCAACAGAAAAACGUCCAUAUAUGCAUAUCCUUUACCAGAAUGUUCAUGCCUACAGCAAUUCCAUAAUUCAACCCCCAAAUUGACAGCGUGACUGUGUUCCUGAUAGCCACUUUGAGUUGACAAGAUGAGAUUGAAAUUCCCUGUUUCAAUAGCUUCGGUUACCAAGGCAAUCACAGUUCAUAUAUAUACUUACAAAUUACAAGCACUGUGUCCCAGCUUUUACCCUUGUGUUUGUAGUGGGGCUGGCAAAGUUUUCCCAGAUUUCAACAGGGCAACAAUUUCUUCUCCUGCGACACUCUUUUGGUUAUCAUAUGGGGUUUUAGAGCUCAUAGGUGCGUGUUUAAUGUUGAAGAGUUGGUUUGGAGCGCAAGCUGCACACCAGUUUGGAUUUGUCAUGAAGCAGCAAGUGGUUGAUGUUUGUUUUAGUGAGAUAUUCAACUAAGUUCAGCUGCAAUGGUGACAUUCAUUGACUUUGAACACAUAAGUCAUGGUGACAUGAUUCUUUUUGUUUUUCUGUAGUAUAGUUUGGAUAUGAACCAUUAAAUGAGACCGACUCCACAACUUCUGGGGUGUCGAGUUCACACUAUUUCUUGUCCAAUGGUCGUCUACUACCGGUUUUAUGGUCCAAAUUUAUGAGAAAGUCUUAUAAAACUGUUUGCCGCUGCAAAAUGCAUACAUUAUACCUUUUUCCAAUGCAAAUAAAGAAGUCUUCUUCUU